GUAACUUCCUGCACAUGUUGUCAGGUCUGCCGGGGAUUUUGUUAAAAUUCAAUAAAGUUUUGCAAAAACUUGCAACAAAGGUUUGUUAAGUGUAUCAAUAAUGUCUUGUGCUAACUGCAAUCAGAAAUUCCUUAAGAAAUCAGGAGGAUAUCAGCGCCAUUCUUUGAAUAUAAAAUGUACUGGAUCAGAUCUUACAGUCGGUGAAGCCUUGGAAAAAGUUACUGGAGCCACUUUUGAAGAAUGUAUAGAAGAUGAAGCAGAGACUGAAACAAGUAAUGAAAAUGUGCAAGAGUGCCCAGUACAAAAUGAAGCAACUUCAAGUAGUCAAGAAAAAGAAAAAGAAAAAUUAUCUGCGCCAAGUGAAAUGCCACUAAGUAGUCAGAAAAGGCAGGUAAAGUUAACUGCGCAAUGUGAACCAAUACCAAGUACUCAAAAGAAACCAGUAGAGCUUCCUGUACAGAAUGGACGGAGACAAAGUGGUCGGAAAAGGAAAAUACCGCUACAAUAUUUGGUGGACAAUGGAUCAAAACCAAGCAGUCAGAAAAAGCAAGUAACUAGUAUCAUAAAAAUUGAAAAAGAAUUAAAGAGAAAGAAACCAUCGUAUUUCUUGUGCAACCGCUGUUAUGUGCAUCUGUAAGAUUAUGUGAAA